AAUUUGUAUUGAUUUUUAUACUAGUCUCACCUUUCAGAAAAUCAUUAAACAAAAGUAUAACCAGGCAAAUGCGAAACUGUGCAUUUUAAAGCUUUUCAAUCUAUUCUAUAGCAUUUAAUCACGUUGUGUCUGCAAUGCAGCGAAUUUCGGACUUUUAAUAGUAUUAGUUUACCCUAAGUUGUACAAAGAGUCGUUACAUAGUAUAAUUUUACUGUAAAAAUCGAGUUCUUCUGAUCAAUUAAUACCGAAAUGAUGCAAAAAUCGAAUGUUAAUUUUUUUCGAUUAAACCUUGAUUGAAACUAUGGUGUUGAAACCUGAGCAUUGAAAAUAUUACUUUUGUGGCAAAUACUCAUGAUGACCGAAAAAUGCAAUGAUUUUAUGAUAUUCAUUUAAGCAAGCAACAGAUUUUAAUAUCGAUGGGUAAUUAAUAUAUACAAAUUCCUACCAUCUCACAUAAACCAAACGUAAAACCGCGAACAGACACCUGGUGGUUUCUAAGAUAUCAUCGCGUGUAUUUCAUCUAAUCCAUAUUUGCUCAGAUAAGGAUUUUAGAAUAUUUUUCACGAUUCAUAUCAGUUAAAACACACAUUUUUCUGUCUGUGGACACAUUGCAGCCGUUUUUUAUUGAGUUAAAAGAGUGUGCAAAGAAACAUGUUACAAUUUGUGAAAGACACGUGCUAACAUGAUAUUUACCAUCACUGAAAGGAACCGAGUCUCAAGCCAUGGCAAAGACAAUCCAUCGACAGGACAACAUCCAAGAAGAGGGCACACCGAUGGUGAACAAUAAUAAUUCGAAAUGGAUUUCGUCCAGAUUUCGGAUCGGUUCCAGUACUCCAGAUUUGCCAGCUUUCGGCGAAAUCAAUCCAAAUGCUCCGGAUGAAAACCCCUUUGAAUUUGGUCAAAGAUUAGCUAAGGUCGGAACUGAAGCAAGCCUGGCCAAAGCGUCAACCUGCGAUGGCUCUUUGUAUAACGGAAUUCAGCGAACAGAUGAAUCAAGGAAAUCAUUCAGACCCAAUGCAAUACGAAAAAUGCGAAGACGGGCCGUGUUCAAGAACGGAGACUGCAACAUCCUGCAGUCCAGAAUCUCAAAGAGACGAUUGCGCUAUUUGCAGGAUAUUUUUACCACGUUAGUCGACUCGCAAUGGAGAUGGACUCUUACCAUCUUCGCCAUCGGUUUUGUAGGCUCUUGGCUUUUGUUUGCCCUCAUCUGGUGGCUGAUCGCUUUCACCCAUGGUGACUUGGAAGACGCUCAUCUUCCAAAUAGUCAAGCUGACUCAGAAUGGACACCGUGUGUCUUGAACAUUCAUGGAUUCACUUCCUGCUUCCUCUUCUCCAUUGAGACCCAGCAUACUAUCGGUUAUGGUGUUCGAACUACCACCGAAGAAUGUCCGGAAGCCGUCUUUAUUAUGUGUUUGCAAAGUAUUGCUGGCAUGAUUAUACAAGCUUUUAUGGUGGGUAUCGUUUUUGCAAAAAUGACGCGUCCCAAACUCAGAACGCAAACAUUGCAGUUCUCAAAGAACUCAGUAAUUUGCCAAAGGGAUGGGCAAUUGUGCCUGAUGUUCCGUGUGGGAGAUAUGCGAAAGAGUCACAUUAUUGGAGCUAGCAUUCGAGCUCAGCUUAUCCGGUCCAAGAAAACCAAGGAAGGAGAAAUUUUAAACAACUUUCAAACCGAAUUGAGUGUGAACGCAGACGGGUGUGAUGGAAAUUUGUUUUUCAUCUGGCCUAUGACUAUUGUCCAUAAAAUCGAUGUACAGUCGCCGUUUUAUCAGUUGUCUGCUGGUGAUUUGUUGCAAGAACGUUUCGAGAUUGUAGUCAUUUUAGAAGGUACAAUAGAAAGCACAGGUCAAACCACUCAAGCCAGAUCCAGUUAUUUGGCCAGCGAGGUUCUCUGGGGGCAUCGAUUUGAGCCUGUGGUGUCUUAUAAUAAGGACAGGCAGGGAUACGAGGUGAAUUACUCCAAAUUCGACAAUACUUUAUCGGUGGAUACGCCUUUGUGUUCUGGAUCGGAUUUGGCGGAAUUUUACAGAAUUCGAGAUAUGCCAGAAUCAGAUAAACAGCCUGUAUCAACAGACCAGCAAAGUUUUAUAUUAAAAUCACCACCAAAGUUGAUGAAUCAAAUGAGAAUUGUUGAUGUCGAAGAAGAACCGAAUGAAACAAAGCCAUUUCCUACCGAUUAUUUGUGAAUAUUUAACUAUGUUUCUUAUUUAUAUUCAUUAUUUUAUUACUAUUAGCGAUUUCCACUCAAUAUGUUUAACUUUUUAUUUAUAUUCGUUUUAGUCGUUUAAAAUAAGUUAGGUAUAGUCAAUUGAUUACUUAUUGUUAUCAAAAACUGGUUGUUCCGAAUAAAAAUACAUAUUUUUUAUAGAA